AUGAGAGCCGAUGAAGUAAAUUUAUUGGCAAAAAUAGAUAGUUUGAUAUGCAACUACGUAUAUUCAUACAUGAAAGGUAGAAGCAGCAAAUGGAACUUAGAUUUCGUAAGAACUAGUGUAAGAAAUUUGGCCAAGUUACUACAAAUUUCUAAAGAAUCUGAUUACAAUAUUAAAGAAUCACAAUGGGCUAAGGAAGUUUCAGCUCAAGCUAGCCUUAAUUUAAAUACCAAGAAAUGGAAUAAAGAGGAAUUACUACCACUAACGUCUGACCUUAAGAAACUCAAGAAAUCUUUAGAAAUAAUAGCCCGAGAAACAUUUGAAGAGCUUCAAAAAAACGAAAGCGAUAAAUCCGCUUACAAUUGUCUUAAAGAAGUUUUGUGCUGUCAAAUAAUAUUAAUAAAUAGAAGGCGAUCUGCAGAAGUAGCUCAAAUUAAAAUAGAAACAUAUAAAUCAAUCUAG